UUUUUCUAGGGUUUCACUCAUCUCUUUCUUUACUCUGGUUAAGCUCGCUUCGUCUUCUCCGACUCUAAUCAUGGCGCCGAAGCGUAAGAGAGCUUCGGCGAAGGACGGCGAUACCAAUUUCGCUCCGAAACCAAGGAAGAGUUCUCCAAAGCGAGCUAAGACGGUGAAAGAAGAGCCGGUUCCAGUUGUAGAGGAAGAGGAUAGUACGAUUGCGAGGUUCUUGGACGAGCCUAUACCAGAAUUGGAGGCGAAGACUACCUGGCCUGAUAGAUACAAACCAAUCGAGGUGAAGAAACCUAAACCUCCGGCAAAGAGAAAGAAGAAGACUGACGAUGAUGAUGAAGAAGAGGAGAUCAUACGGGCACGUUGCCAUUUUAGACGUGCGAUUGUUGAUGAGUGUCAGACAUAUGAGCUUAAUGAUGAUGCUUAUGUGGAGGCUGGUGAAGGGAAAGCACCUUUCAUUUGUAAAAUUGUUGAAAUGUUCGAAGGGGCUGAUGGAAAAUUAUACUUUACGGCUCAAUGGUUCUAUAGAGCUUCUGAUACUGUAAUUGGUAUGCACAGUGCUCUAAUUAAUGAAAAACGUGUGUUUUUCUCGAAGGAUCGAAAUACAAAUGAAUUAGGCACUCUACUUAAGAGGCUCAAAAUUUUGAUGAUUCCCUUAAAUGAAAAUACUGAGACUAUCGAUGCGACAAAAAGCUGUGACUACUUUUGUGAUAUGAACUAUCUGUUGCCUUACUCUACAUUUGAAGCUUUACAACAAGAUAACAAGAUGGCUAUAAGUGAAAGUUCAACAAUAUCCAGCGAUACUGAAGUAAAUGAAAGAGCUGCUGUUAUAUCCGGGGAUGAAGAAGCUUCUCAAGCUACUGGAUCUAAAAGAGAGGCAACAAUGCUUGACCUUUACUGUGGUUGCGGAGCAAUGUCCACUGGGUUGUGCAUGGGUGCACAGCUUGCUGGUUUGAACCUUGUCACUAAAUGGGCUGUUGACAUGAAUCCGCAUGCAUGUAAAAGUUUGGAGCAUAACCACCCAGAAACACAAGUAAGAAACAUGUCCGCAGAAGAUUUCCUGUUGCUGCUUAAGGAGUGGUUGAAGCUAUGCAUUCAUUUCUCUUUGAGAACAUGUCCAAAUUCAGAAGAAUAUAACAACCUUUAUGGGAUGAGUAAUGUUGAGGACAAUGAAGAUGAGAGCAAGGAGAGUGACAAUGAAGAUGAGGGCAAGGAGAGUGACAACGAAGAUAAUGGGGAGGUUUUUACAGUGGAAAAGAUUGUUGGUAUUUCCUUCGGGGAUCCUAAGAAGAUAAAGGAACGUGGACUUUAUUUGAAGGUACGGUGGCAGGGUUACAAGCCUUCGGAUGAUACUUGGGAGCCUAUUGAAGGACUCAGUAAUUGCCGGGAGAAAAUCAAAGAGUUUGUCAAACGUGGAUAUAAAGCUGGUAUCCUUCCAUUACAAGGAGGUGUUGAUGUUAUUUGCGGUGGACCGCCCUGCCAAGGAAUCAGUGGUCAUAAUCGCUUCAGGAACUCAGAAGAGCCUCUAGAUGAUGAGAAAAAUAAGCAGCUUCUUGUUUAUAUGAACAUUGUGGAGUUUUUGAAGCCAAAAUACGUCUUAAUGGAGAAUGUGGUAGACAUGCUUAAGUUUGCUAAGGGCUAUCUUGCACGAUACGCUGUUGGACGGCUAAUCCAAAUGAAUUACCAAAGUCGGAUGGGAAUGAUGGCUGCAGGUGCAUAUGGUCUUGCUCAGUUCCGCAUGCGGUUCUUCUUAUGUGGCGCACUCUCUAGCGAGACGCUUCCUCAGUUCCCACUUCCAACUCAUGAUGUAGUCGUGAGAGGAAAUGUUCCUGUGGAGUUUGAGGGAAACACAGUAGCCUAUAAUGUAGGACACACUGUGAAGUUGGAAGACAAGCUUUUACUUAAAGACGUGAUUUCUGAUCUUCCAGCUAUUGCAAACAGCGAAGUGAGAGACGAGAUUCCAUAUGACAAAAAUCCUGAAACACCAUUUCAACAAUUCAUCAGAUUAAGGAAAGAUGAAAAGUUAGGUUCAUCAAAAAAUUCAAAGUCCAAAAAGCCAGUCUUGUAUGAUCACCAUCCCCUGAAUCUGAAUAAAGAUGAUUAUCAACGAGUUUGUAGUGUCCCCAAGAGGAAGGGAGCAAAUUUCAGAGACUUUCCUGGUGUAGUUGUUGGACCCGGUAAUGUAGUUCACAUGGAUGAGAGUCGAAGCGUCUACCUUGAAUCUGGAAAAUCAUUGGUGCCCUAUUAUGCUGUGAAUUUUGUUGAUGGGACAUCAACCAAGCCCUUUGGACGCCUCUGGUGGGAUGAGACAGUCCCUACUGUUGUCACUCGAGCGGAACCGCAUAACCAGGUAAUCAUUCAUCCGCAGCAAGAUCGUGUACUAUCCAUUCGUGAAAAUGCAAGACUCCAGGGCUUUCCUGAUGACUACAAACUCUUUGGUCCAACAAAACAAAAGUACAUUCAAGUUGGUAACGCGGUUGCAGUUCCAGUAGCGAAGGCACUUGGAUAUGCUUUGGCAAUGGCAUUCCAAGGUCUCACAGUAGGAGACGAAGGAGACUAUCCACUUUUUACUCUGCCUCAAGGUUUCGCACACAUGAAGCCUUGAAGUCAUAAUCUUCCUGCCGAGCUUGCUUGCGCGGCGCAUGAGCAAUGUUGUUGUUUCAAUUUCCUUCUGAUUUAUCUUCGGUGUUGGAACUUUUUCUUUCUCUGUUAUGAAUUUCUCUAAGAUGCUCUAAAGUUUUCCUAGGAUUUUUGCAUAAGAAGUAAAAAACAAGGGUUGGCCCCAAAAAUAAGAAAAAGAAAGUGAAAACAAGGAUUUCGGACUUAUGACUGUUUCUUUUGAUCAAUGUCGAUGUUUGGGUUACAAAAACUA